AAAAAGAUACACUAAUAAUAAGUAUCUGCGUCACUCUCAGUUUUUGCUACUAGCAGACCUUUAAUGGCCCUUACCCACCUCCAAAGAAGCUGAUUACUUCCAUGGAUAACUCACCCUUUUUCUUUUCAUUCCCUUAAAAACCCAAUUCUCAGUUUGUACAGAUAAAGGCGCACAAGUUGAUUAUAGGAGGAGGGAGAUGGAGUUGGAUCUGGAAUCCAUUGCAGAGGCGACUUCAGGAGCUAUUGGAGCUCUGAUUAGCACCACCGUUUUAUACCCACUUGAUACAUGCAAGACUAAAUAUCAAGCUGAAGUCCGAGCUAAGCAUCAGCUAAAGUAUAGGAAUAUUUCUGAUGUUUUGUGGGAAGCUAUCUCUACACGUCAGGUGUUUUCGUUGUACCAGGGACUCGGAACAAAGAAUCUGCAAUCCUUCAUUUCACAGUUUAUCUAUUUCUAUGGAUACAGUUUCUUUAAGAGGUUGUACUUGAAAAAAACCGGAAAUAAAACUAUUGGGGCUAAAGCGAACUUGCUUGUUGCUGCAGCUGCUGGGGCUUGUAAUGUCAUAUUGAUACAGCCAUUGGAUACAGCAUCCUCAAAGAUGCAAACAAGCGAGUUUGGAAAAGCAGAAGGACUUUGGAGAACUCUUUCAAAGAGCACUUGGAAGGAGGCAUUUGAUGGUCUUGGCAUAUCUCUACUUUUAACAUCCAACCCUUCUAUCCAGUACACUGUGUUUGAUCAGCUGAAACAAAGACUUCUGAAGGGGAAGUUGGGUAGAAAAACUGGUAAUGCAUCGACCCCAGAAGCUCUUUCUGCCUUUUCUGCUUUCACGUUGGGUGCUGUCUCAAAGUGUGUUGCUACCAUCUUGACAUACCCAGCUAUCAGGUGCAAGGUAAUGAUUCAAGCUGCUGAUACGGAUGAAAAUGGGAAAAGUGAAGCUGACAAGAAAUCCCAGAAGACAAUUUCAGGUGCACUUUUUGCCAUUUGGAAAAGAGAAGGCCCUCUGGGUUUCUUCAAAGGGUUACAAGCUCAGAUACUGAAGACUGUGCUAAGCUCAGCUUUGCAUUUGAUGAUAAAAGAAAAGAUAACAAGGACCACUUGGAUUCUACUAAUUGCACUUAAAAGGUAUGUCUUUGUUACCCCUGUUAGAUUAAAGACCGCUUGAAUUCAGUGAAAGUCUAAGCCCCACGAAGAGCUCCAUCAGAGUUGUCCACAUUUGGAGGAUUCAUGUGGCAAACGAAAUAAUUAAUAAUGGAUGUUGAAGUAGUUUAAAUGCUAGUAUCAAGAAAAAAAAAACUUAGGGAAGUGUAGAACAAGAUUUAUUUGUCCUUAAUUUUUUAAUGUCCUUAUUUGGACACCUGUUAAAUAGCAUCUUGUGGGUUGGGCCUUUACUAGUCUUGCAGUUACAUCGUUCAGAUGCCUUCCAUUAACAGGAUGCUAUAGACCUUUGUUGGAUUGUUAUUUCGUUUUACACAACUACUGGGAAAUUAAUAAUGAAAAAAAUCCAACAAGCAUUGCCUUU